GUAAUGGUGCUAUGCAGGAAAAGAAUGUCAAGAGAAAAUGAUCAUGACAUUUUUUCCUGACAUUUUUUUGUCAUUCCCUCUCACUCCCACUAAUGUAUUUCUGUAUCUUUCGUCUUUCUCUGACGCAUGCUUCCGACAUUUUCAUCAUUCUUUUCUGUUCACUCAACAUGUUUUUCAUUUCGUAUUAUUUUCUCAGUAUUUGGGGAUAUUUUUCCAUGAAAAAGUGAAAAUGGGCUUUGCUGAAGUGUUCUCAGUGCCAGGAAAGCCGUGAAAAGUGGAAAUUUAUGGUCAUUUAGCGGCCAAAUAUGUGAAAAUGCGCGAAGUGAAAAAUCAAAACAUUCCUUCCCUGACCAAUUUUUACGGGAUUCUUUUUCGGAUUUUCACCACACAAAUCACUUCCUGCAGGUUUUUUUGACCUUCCAACAGGUCAUCUGCAACACGGAAAGUCUGUGUGGGAUCAGGGAAAUGCUUUCUGGGUGGUGGAAUCCCACCUGAACGCGGAAAAAAUUGGUCCGGGAGUGAAUGUUUUGCUAUAGAAACUGCACAGUUUUCACUUAUUUGGCCAAUAAAUACCCCCGAUUUUCCACUUUUCACACUUUCACAGGCACUAAGAACACUUCCACAAGCCGCUUUUCACUUUUCCCAAGCUAAAAUAUCACAAUUUACAGAGAAAAUUGCAGAAACUAACAAAUACGUUGACUUCACAAGAGCUGGAAAAAGAAUGACAGAAAAAAACAUGUUCCUGCGACAUUCUUUUUCAAGCUCUUGCGUAAUCAACACGUUUCUUAUUUUUCGUCAAUUAUCUCUGUGAAUUGUGAUAUUUUAGCUCGGGAAAAGUGAAAAGCGGCUUGUGGAAGUGUUCUUAGUGCCUGUGAAGGUGUGAAAAGUGGAAAAUCGCGGGUAUUUUUUGGCCAAAUAAGUGAAAACAGUGAAGUUCGACAGCAAAACAUUCACUCCCGGACCAGUUUUUCGCGUUCAGGUGGGAUUCCACCACCCAGGAAGCAUUUCCCUGACCCCAGGCCGACCUUCCCUAUGCAGAUGACCUGUAGGAAGAUACAAAAAGCCCGCAAGAAGUGAUUUGUGUGGUCAAAAUAUAGAAAAGAAUCCCGUAAAAAUUGGUCAGGGAAAGAAUGUUUUGAUUUUUCACUUCGCGCAUUUUCACAUAUUUGGCCGCUAAAUGACCGUAAAUUUCCAUUUUCCACUGUUUUCCUGGCACUGUGGGCUCUUUAGCUAAGCAUUUUCCACUUUUCUUUGGGGAAAAUACCCCCAAAUCUUGAGAAAAUUCAAGGAAAUAAUAACAUGUUGUGCGCAAGAAAAAAAGCAUGCCACGAAAAAAGAUGUCGGAAACAUGCGUGAGAAAAAGACGAAAGAUAGGAAAAUACAUUAGUGGGAGUGAGAUAGAAUGACAAAAAAUGUCAGGAAAAAAUGUCAUGAUCAUUUUCUCUUGACAUUCUUUUCCUGCAUAGCACCAUAAAAGGAGCACACGUGGUUCAUGAAUAAAUCUUUGGGGAGGAGACAAAAUGUUGAGAACUUUGCUAUUAAUUUCCUCAAAUUCCCUGAGACAAUCGAGCAGACAGAGCCCUUGGAAGUUAAGAAACAUCCCUCAACAACAGAUAAGAUGGCAAAGCUCAAGACAGAAUGAUGAGGAAGUUAGGAAGAGAAUUCGUUCAACGCUGUACUACGUAACAGCUGCCGGUGUUUUAACUGUGGGACUCAGCUAUGCUGCUGUACCCCUGUAUAGGAUGUUCUGCCAAGCCUACAGCUAUGGGGGUACAACAUCAUCCGCCGAUGAUGGCUCCAAAGUGGAGAAAAUGCAGAGAAUCAAGGAUAGACCCAUCAAAAUUAAAUUCAAUGCUGAUCUCGGAGCAGCAAUGCGAUGGAAUUUUAAACCACAGCAAGUUGAAAUUAUUGUAUCUCCUGGCGAGACUGCACUGGCCUUCUAUACGGCGAAGAAUCCAACAAAUCAACCCGUAAUCGGGAUUAGUACGUACAACGUGAUCCCCUUCGAGGCGGGACAGUACUUCAAUAAAAUCCAGUGCUUCUGCUUCGAGGAGCAACAACUGAAUCCCCAUGAGGAAGUCGAUAUGCCCGUGUUCUUCUACAUUGAUCCAGAAUUCUGUGAAGAUCCCAAAAUGGAGCUUGUUGACGAAAUCACGCUAUCUUACACAUUUUUUGAGUCAAAAGAAGGACUUAAUUUGCAAAUGCCCUCCUACGCCAAUAGACACUAACCAAAACUGCAAAAUAGUGUUGUUAAAUUAAGUAGAAAUUGAUUAAAAAAAAAUGCUUUUUAGAACAA